AUGGCUCCUCAGAUUACAUUUGUUGCUAUAACAGAUACGCUUUCACUCCCGCUCAAGAUCUUUACGAAAAAGACCGUCACCAAACUAACUAAAGAUCCUAUAUCUUCAGCACCCUUAUAUCCACAUUCGCAAGCGACUUUAUUAUCGAUCAAUGAAAAAUCGCCAAUUACAUUGAUAAAUAUCACCGAGUCGCGGCUUUCACUAGAUGAAAUUGGCGAUCUUGUAUCAUCGAUCAAGAAGCGCGUAAAGGCUAUAUUAUACGAUAUGGCAACAAGUGAUACUCCAAAAGAACAGAGUUUAUCAAAGAACAAGAAACCAAAACUGAAUCAGCAGCUGGGGCUGAGUCUAGGGGUACUUACGAGUCACAGGUUUACAGUUGACGGCUACAAUGUAGUGAUUCCGAUGGAUGUGAUAUAUCAAGUACGAUAUAAGUUACGUGCUAUAGAGUAUGAAGAUGCCAAAAAGUAUUUGAAGCGUGACACUGGCAUGGAAUUGUGUAUUAAGCGUGGAGUUGUGGAUAUCGACGAGGUGGAAAGUGGAAAAGAGGUUGAGGACAGUGACGUUGAGGAACUUGAACAGGUACAAAAUUUAGAGGAAAAUUCAAAUGAGGAUAUGGUAACACUUACAAAGAAUAAAGAUGAAGCACAAAGUGAAACACAAUUAAACAACGAAGCAAAUGAUGUUGAAAUCAUCGACGAAGCAGCUACUGAUGAUACAGAUCAGCUAGAAAAUAAGAGUAAUGUACAAGUACACUCGCCAAGAACUAGAGAUGUGGAAGUUGAAGUCAAAUUGGAAAAGGAAGUUAAUUCAAGCAUUAUAAACGAUAAAGAUAAAACUAAUAAAAAACAAAACAGGGCUAGUCAAAUUAACAGAGUGAAAGAUGAGAAGAAAUUAAAAAUGCAUCAAAAUUACAGGUUGAGCUCAAGACAAAUUGUGGGCGAUUUUGCAAGCUGUAUCAAGGUAUACGUGAACUAA